UUUUCACAAUCAAUCAAUUGAAUUUGGUGAAACUUUCUUUCAUAGAUGAAUCAUUCACACUAAAAUUAUAAGCAAUUAAUUCUUCUUCGCUGUAAUCUCUCUUCAUCAUCUUCAACUUUCUUCCCUCUCAAUCAUUCAGAAAUAUUUUCACUCACAAACCUUUCUGAAACUAGUUCCCCUGAUUUCUUCAGUUUGCACCUGGGUUGCCCUGUUAUUUUCUCUGUUUUACCUUUAUUUCAGAAUCUUUUUGCCCUAUUUCUAGUUCUUUUUCUUUUUUUUUUUUGUUUCAAUAUUUCUUAUUUCUUCAACCAAAAAAAAAAAAAAACACUUCUUGCUUUCAGCUAUUUCUCGAUUACUAGAAAGAAUUAUCAUUUAUCGCAUUUAUAGUUAAUUAUUUUCAUUUGAUUUACUUCUCUUCUGUUUUUCAAACUUGAAAAAAGUUAAAAAAAAUGGUUGAGGUUGCCGGGAGUGUUGGGGGUGUCCUGAGUCCUGUCCUUCAAGUUGCCCAGUGGCUGGCUGCUCCAAUUUGGCGUCCAUUUAAGUACUUGUACAACUACACUACCAAUUUCAAAAAUCUGGAAGCGGAAGUUGAUAAGUUGAAGAAUACAAGAGAAGAAGUUGAGCGUAAGAUUAUUGCUGCUAAAAGAAAUGUGGAAGUGAUAUACGAAAAUGUUGAGAAGUGGCAGGACAGUGCGCAGGAGAUGAUUGAUAAAGCAGAGCAGUUGAUUAAAGAGAAAGAACAGUUCAUUCGAGAGAAAGCAAACAACCCGCGUUGUUUCAAGGGAUUGUGCUCCAAUUUCAUCAUCCACUACAAACAAAGCAGGAAAGCUUUUAAAUUGAAGCGGGAUGAUAUUGAUCCACUCCUCCAGCAAGAAGGGGAAUUGAGUCCAGUUUCCUAUCAAACUAAUCCACCAGACAUCUGGCUUAGAUCUAGUGAAAAUUAUUUGGCUUUUGAAUCAAGAAACUCCACUGUAAAGAAUGUAUGGGAUGCUUUAAAUGAUGAGAAUGUCUUCAUGAUUGGUGUUUAUGGGAUGGGGGGUCUUGGGAAGACCACGCUUGUGGAGCAAAUUGGUAGGAAAGCUGUGAAGGACAAGCUCUUUGAGGACAUUGUUUUUGUUGAGGUUUCAAAAUCUCCUGAUGUAAAGAAGAUUCAGACAACAAUUGCAAACAAAUUGGGUCUGAAAUUCGAAAAUGAAAGUGAAAUGGCAAAUAAGCUAUAUUCAAGAAUGAAGGACAAGAAUAUUCUUUUAAUUCUAGAUAAUAUUUGGGAGCCUCUAGGACUUGAGAGGAUAGUAGGAAUUCCAUGUGGAGCUGAUCGUGGAAAAAAUAAACUUCUGUUCACAACAAGAAACGAAGAUGUGCUGAAGACGAUGGGUUCCACAAAUAAUUUUGGGAUGGGCUUUCUAAAUGAUGAUGAAGCUUGGGCCUUAUUCACCAAAAUGGCAGGUAAUGAUAUUCAAACACGUGAAUUGUGUUCUCUAUCGAAAAAUAUAUGCAAGGAAUGCAAUGGAUUACCUAUUAUCAUUUGUGCAAUAGCAAAAACAUUAAAAAACACGAGUUAUGAAUCUGAUUGGAGGCUUGUAUUGAAAGAACUAAAAGAACCUUCACCAACAGAGUUCUCAAGAUUCCUAGAAGUGGAAUACAAGAAUAUCGCCUUAAGUUACAAGUAUUUAAAAGAUGAUGAACUUAAGGAAAUUUUUUUAAUUUCUAGUCUAAUGGAAAAUAAUGCUUCAAUUUCAGACUUGCUUAGACAUGUUCUCUGUUUGAAUAUACUUAAAGGAGCUAACUUGACAAUGGAAGACGCAUGAGAUA